AUGCCGCUACCCCAUGUGGAAGAAUCGAUCACGGAGUUGAAGCGCGUGUUUGGAAUGGUGGGGAAACAGCCAGUGGGUGUUGGUGUGCUAACAAACCACGAGGGCAUGUACCCGGGGGACGAGACUUUCGAUCCAUUGUGGAAGUUUCUACAAGAGAAAUCCGGAAAAAUGGGAGGCGAUGGGAGGGAGGUAGUCUUUGUGCACCCAACGGAGCCCACCAUCAAGCUCGACGAUGGCCGAUUGAUAAAUUCUCGACCAUCACCCCUUCGCUCCGGUCUCGGAGAAUUCUACUUCGAAACUGCGCGCGCCAUCUCCAGUCUAACAGCCUCAUCCACAUUCCUAAAGUUCCCGUCCCUCCAUUUCCGCAUCUCCCACGGCGCAGGCGCUUUCCCCGAUAUCUCCGAGCGUUUCCUUCUCGGCUUCCCCAACAUCUCGACUGCAGCAAGGGAAGCCUACAAAACGCGCUUUUGGUACGAUAGUGCAGGACCAGUGUGGCCCAAUCAGGUCAAAGGGCUGACGGAAGGAAUGGGAAUUCCAAUUAGUCAGAUGGUGUUUGGCACGGAUUAUCCGUAUGGCAUCGGGUUUUGGGAUGUGGAUGCUAAUAUUGAUGGGUUGGCAUGGGCGGGAGAAUUAAGGUUUGAGGAGAAGGAGAAGGUGUUUUGGGGGAAUGCGAAGGAGUUGUGGAGAGGGAAGAUUGCCGUGUUGGAUGCUAUGGAAGAGUAG